AUGUCAAAUAUAUCCACAACUUUCUUGUUCUCUUCCUCCUCAUCCACCUAUUUAUCGCCAUCAUCGUCGACCACUAUCAAUCAACAGUCAUUAUUUGAAAUUCAACUAUCACUUAUAGUUUACUGCUAUAUAUUACCGAUAAUCUGUAUAAUCGGCUUAAUUGGUAAUAUAAUUAAUUUAAUAAUUUUAUAUUCAUUAUCAAAACUAUUUCAAUAUUUAAAAGCUUUAGCAAUUAGCGAUAUUUUCUGUAUGUUAUUCGUUUUAAUAUUUGUUCUCAUCGAAAUUGUUAAACAAUUCAAUAUUAUUAAUCUAAAUCAUUCAAUUAUUAUCGUUUACUAUCAAACGUAUUUCAUGUUAUCACUGAUAAAUUGGUCGUUAUCAGUUAGUGUUUAUAUUGUCGUUCUAUUAAGUAUCGAACGUUUCAUUUCCAUAUUAUUCCCUAUUAAAUAUCGUAAUUAUAAUAAUAAUUAUUCAUAUAUUUAUGUAAUUUCGAUCUAUUUAUUUGCUGGAAUAUUUUAUAUACCAUACGCUUUAUUACGAUAUACUAUCAAAUAUAAUUAUAUUAAUCAUAACAAUAAGACUAUUGUUAUCUACAGUACUGAAGAUAGUGAUAUUUCGAAAACUUUUAAAUGGCAGAUUUAUAAAUGGACGAGAGAAGCAAUUCUUCGCUUUGCGCCAAUAGUAAUCGUUGCAAUUCUCAAUUUGAAUAUUAUAAAAGUUUUUCAUUUACGACGAAAACUUUUUCAACGUAAAUCUAAAAAAGAAGAAAAAUUAAUUUACAUAAUUUUGAUAACAAUAAUAAUCAUGUUUAUAAUCUGUAAUAUUCCCGCAGCAAUAAAUUUAUUAUUUAUUAAUGAAAAUAUUAAAAAACGCUUUGAUUAUCAAAUAUUUCGCGCAUUUGCCAAUUUACUUGAAAUUAGCAAUCAUUCAUUACAAUUUUAUAUUUUUUGUAUAUGUUCACAUGACUAUCGUAGUAAUUUCUUUCGGAAAUUCUCUUGUUUAUUUCAAUUCUGUAAAAAAAUUAAUAUUGAUAGCAGUGAGAACGAAAUUAAUAAAUUGUCAUCGGCUGCCAUUAUCAAUAAUACUAUUAUAAAUAGUCAUAUUAAAUUAGCAACUAUUGAUGAAUUCGAUGAGAAUCAUCCAGAUAAUAAUCCUGAUAACUGUUUUAAUCAAAAUAAUUCCUUUCUAUUGAAAUAUACCGAGUCAUCCGACGAUACAACUUAUUUAUGA